AUGCCAGCUGGGGAGCGAGAGGAACUACCUGCCCCCGCACCCUCCCCGGGCCCACGCUAUACCCACCUCCUACCCACCACGGAUCAAGCCCGGUACCCACCCGAUACCCAUUCAGGACUCUCGGUACACCCACCCUCUUACCCACCUCCCCCUGCCCAGCCCCAACCCACCAAGGUCCUCUCAACACCCACUCUAUACCCACACAUCGUAGUACCAACGGACCCUCACCCCACCCCAUACCCAACUCCCACCCACCCCUCCCGUACCUGCAUCUACCAUACCCCCACCCACCCCCGACUCACUACCCACUACCCUCUACCCAUUCAUGCCCACCCCUAA